AUGACUCCUAAGCUGUACUACUUCCAAGCACCAAACUUCGACAUCAACCCCACAAGUGACACAUCUCCAAAGCUGAGCAGUAUACUGCCAAACCUCGACAGACUUACCGGGUCAUUAAACCAAGCCAACCUCGUUGAAAUCCCUACAAAUCUUCAAAAUCGAAGCACGAGCACAGAUUUUGAAGACACGGUCUACGCAAAUUACGGUGGAUCAACAGGCCUCAGUGUAAACGUGCUUCAGGGACUCUUGGGGUCUGCAAGCAUUCUUUAUAGCCUAAAUCAAAAAACGAGUCGUGUUUAUCGCUGUGAGCGACUAGAUACGAUAGAGUUUGAACCAACCACCGAAUAUAUUGCACAAGCCAUACACGAGUCGAAACGGACCCAGGAUUUCAUCGACAGAAGUCUCAUUGGGAGAAAGAGAGUUUUUAUGAUCACUGGACUCAAAAUAGCGACUGGAUUGAGCAUUUCAAUCUCAAACGAGGUUCAGCAUAGCCCUGAACUGGACUUUCAGCUCGAUGGAACUACUAUGGGGGCCCCGAUCAGUGCUGGUCCAAAUUUGAAUCUGGAAGUUGCGACCGGCAGGAAUUUCUCAUCUAGAAAAAGCGAGAACCAGGUCGUCUUUGCUUACCGAGUGAUAAAGGUCCAGCAGAAAGGCCACGGCGAGCCGAAAUACAAAUACAAACAUGGGGGGUUGUAUUCAACAGAAGAGGACUCAGACAGUAGCGAUGAGGCAGAAGAGGUCUGGGAUAUUGAGCAACUGGAUGAAGAACUCAUGAUACAAGACUUUCCACAAUUAUUGAGAGAUUGA